CUUGGCCAAACGGGAAGUCCGAACUCCGAACUCCAUAGAACAUACCAUUUCCUCACAUCGACAUGAUUCAAGCACAUGCUUAACUACAGGUCCCUCAAUCUACAAUCUACAGAGGACCGAAAUUCCUAACGAGAAUCAGCGAUUCACUUCUGCUAGUGUUCACAAACGCGGAACUAUCAGUUUUUCCCCAUUCAAGCUCCCGACAUCGGUUUAUGCGGAGCUAGCUAUGGAGAUGGAAUAUUUCCCGGAGGCAAUGCCGGAAGAAGAAAGCUGUUCUUUUGAUGAAAAUAAUGACGAUUAUUCGAGUUUGGACGGUGAAAGAUGUGGGAUAUGUAUGGAUGUUGUCAUUGACAGAGGAGUUCUAGACUGCUGUCAACACUG